AUGGAAGAAAUCACACGAGAAGCAAGUGUCAAUAUUAGUCGAUUGCGUCAUCCUCAAGCCGAUGCUGAUCGAGUUAAGAAACCGGAAUGGCUCGUCGUAAUCGGCCUUUGCACUCAUUUGGGAUGCGUUGUGGUUCCUAAUAUCGGUCAAUACGGAGGUUUCUAUUGUCCUUGUCACGGUGCGGAUUAUGAUGUAUCGGGCCGUAUUCGAAAAGGUCCAGCACCUUUUAACCUUGAAGUUCCUGAAUACGCUUUCAAAGAUGAAAGCACUAUUGUCAUCGACAACUACUGGCCUAAACAACUUUGA